AUGGAGAUGAUGUGCCUCAACAUUCACGUGCAUACUGAUUUGGAGCUGUUCACGGACAAAUCAAACAAACCAUUCGUCUUUUCUGGACUUUGCGUUCGCGUUUCCACAUUGUUGGGCAUUUUAUCGAAAUUGGGUAGUCUUCGUUUGUCAGCUGCUGUAUUAGUCACCGAUUCAAUUGGUUGUACUGGAUUUGCUGUAAAAGCAUUGAAUUGCUCGGUAAUUCUCAGUUCAUAG